UCCCUUGCUUCCGUUCGGUUUCAUGAUUCGUUGUCUUAAAGCCUAUGCUUGCCCGACACCUCAUAACAGCGAGGCAGAAGAGAGCAGCACGGCAACCGACCUGACCAAGGAUCCCGUCACCAGCCACUCAAGCACCAAGAACAGCCUAGCAAUGGCCUCGUCCAUGUCCAACAACACCCUGGACAACACACUGAGCCUCACGGCAGGGGGCCACAAGAAGAAAUGCUCUCCCAACGGGCACGUGCCAGGCUCUGAGACGGAGUCCUUUGAAGAGGUAUCAGAGAGUGAUCUCUUAGAACUGGCUGCUCACAAAAGUCCAAUGUCCGAAUUGGGUUCAGACACACUCACAACAGUGUCACUGGCAAGCCUGCAGUCACGUCCUGAAGCAGAUCUUCCAUUGCAACUGUCUGAUAUGGCUCUGAAAACACCUGACACCGUAGAUGGACAAGGAACCAGCAGUGGAGCCACGCCAACAGUAACUGAAACAGCGGAAACUCCGAAGGCUAUUACACAGGAUGAACAGUCGGAGAAGUACGUUGCCGACUUUCUGGAGAAAUACGUGUUGGAUACAGAGACUGAUUCUGAAGGUCGGAAAAUACCUGUUCUCCGAGAGGCCAAUGAAGCUGUCCUGGGAGAAUCAGAUGAACAUGUUUUAUUUGAGUUGCCACCAGUUGACCUUGGCCUAUCCGCGCGGCUAGGUCGUGCAGCAGGCAACAUUGCAUCAGGAGUCACAAGUACCUUUCUCUACAUGACAGGACAAAAAUCUCCUUCAUCUGAGAGAACACCCACAAACGAACCAAUUGGGAAAAGAAAACUGAGCAAUGGCAGUGACCCUCCCCUGGAAAUGUCUGCGUUGGACACUCUGAUGCAGCGGAGCCCAUCAGAGGAGUUUCAGUUCACAGUUCCACGUGACCCGUUCCUCUCGCCUUAUUGGGCAGAUGAUGAAAUUCUCAAGCAGUUGCCUCCCAUUAAUUUACUGUCUGUGCAAAUGGAUCCUUGCUUGGACGACUGUGUAAUGUUUGCCAAAAAACUAAAAGGCCUUGGAAACACAGUUCAUUUGGACAUAUUGGAAGGAUUACCUCAUGGGUUCCUGAAUUUUGCUCUGGCCUGUACUAAAAGUUAUAAGCUACAGUUUGAAGAAACAAUUAUGAGAAAGCCUGGUAUAAGAAUCCUCUUAGCUAUCAAAAUUAAAUCAGACAUGUAUGAUAUUCUACAGAUUACAUCAGCUAUGAUAUUAUUCUCAAGAAAUAUGAGUUUUUUAUUGAUAAAUAGUCAAUUUUCUUCUUUGAAAUUAUGUGAUCGUAUAUUUAAAACAUCAACAUUUUAUAAGACAGAAGACCUUAUUCUCAAAAUAAAUGACAAUUUCUCUAUUUUGAAAUGCAAGCAUGUUUCAUUGGAAGUUACUGUGAAAUCUCAAUUUGUACUUACAAAAAUUGGUUACAAAUAUAAACAAAAUAGAAGAAAU